AUGGUCUCGGUUAUACGAAUUGACUCAUCAGGAUGGAAACAAUUGCCUCUGAAAGGGGAGUUUUCGUUUUCUAGGACACAGGGCUUUCUGAAUGGUCUAAUACAGACGCAUAACUCGUCAGACUCGGAUUGUAAGCAACAACAUUAUUCCCUGGUUCAAGGGUUGUGUUUGUAUGCUCAGCUAGUUAUCCAGUUGGACGAGCCCCAGGAAGCCGCUUUCUAUCGCGCUGAUCUGAGAAACCUCUUACAAUCAGGAACGCUAUCUGAUUGCCAGAUAGUCUGCCAGGGAAAAGAGUUUCCUGUUCAUCGAGCCAUUUUGGCUGCUCAGUCGCCUGUAUUUGCCGCCAUGUUCCAGAACAGUAUGAAGGAGACAUCUUCCGGGAUAUGCAAGAUUGACGGCAUCCCUGUGGAUCUGAUGCAGAUUGUCAUUCAGUUCGCUUACACUCGUGCGCCGUUCCAAGCCGACGGUAAACUGGUGGAAUUGUGGAAUGUCGCCGACAAGUACGACAUGCAGGAUUUGUGUGCGGAAUGUGUCCGGAUGAUGAUGGACUCCAUCAGGGCGGAAAAUGCACUGGCAUACUUCGAUUUUGCGCGAGAGCACAAUUUUCUUCCGUUGCAGAAAGCCGCUGCCAAAGUGUUUUGGCAGCAGUCGUAA